CGUACAUGCGUGUCGCCAUGGGUACGAAAUCAAUUUCAUCCCCCCACGACACCAUGUCGUAGAGCCAGAGGUGCAUCAGAGCCGCGUGGUGUACCAUGGCGUGCCAUGUCCCCUUCUGCUUGCCUUGUCCUCACACCGUCGGGCUUUCUGCGAGGAGACUGGACUGAGCUGGACUUGUCAGCGGCAGACAUCAACGAAUGUAUGAAGAAAAGGCUUACCGAUGACCGCUCUCCACUCAUCAGCCAUCGACAUCACGGAUAAUGGUGUCGAAGGCAAUGUCCUCGAGAUGGAGACGAACUUGGUGGCAGCGAAGAACCUUGAGGUGGAUAAAAAGGUAUGGAGGCGCUGAAGGAGAGGAAGCACCAGCAAUGUCGACACUAUCGCCGCUUCCCAAAGCAGCAGCAGCAACCGGGCGCACCUACCCCGACCGCUGUCGCCUUUUUCUUCCUCUUCCUCGUCCUUCUACUCUUCUCUCUACAUACCCACCUCCUCGUUCACCUCAUCCUCCUCCACAACCAUCAGCAGGCCUACGUCGGCCGCCACUGCCACCAUCACUACCACCACUACUACUACUAUUACUACCACUACACCAAGCCGUCUCUUGGGCACGGAGCAGCUGCUAACGCGUGGAUAGCAGAUCCUCUCCCUCCCUCUCUCUCUCCUCCCGACUGCCCGCGCCCCGCCAUCCGCGCCACCGCCGCCAACAACAUGGUCGCCGCCGCCAAGGAAGCAGCCUUGAGUGCUGCUGUUGUUGCUACUGCCGCUGCUACUGUGGCAACCCCCGCUGCCGCCUCUGCCCCUGCUGCCCACACCCUCGUCCCCGAGGCCCCGCCACGCCGCCGUCAGGGCCCCUCCCCCGGGCUGUAG